GCGGUAGCACCCCCAAAUUCACGGUGUAGUUUCUCGUCGAGUUUAUUCUGUUGCUUCCGUGUCCGGUGAACCGACUUCACAUUUGGAACAACUUGUCCACUGUACGACGCAGACAGAAAGAUGGCUGGGAAACGUGCAGCAUUGAAAGCCAUUGACUGGUUGGCCUUUGCUGAGAGGGUUCCCCCCAACCAGAGGGCCAUGUUCAACAACCUCAAGACGCGCUCAGACGCCAUCGGUGCCAAGCUGUCCUCUCUGCCAGAGAAGCCUGUCACCAUCGACUGGAGCUUCUACAAGACCAAUGUGGCCAGAGCCGGUAUGGUGGCCGAGUUUGAAUCCAAGUUCUCAGCCCUGACCAUCCCUGAGCCCAAGGACACAGCCACAGCCGCGAUCAACACACAGGAGGCCGAGGCGAACAAAGCUGCUGUUGCCUACGUCGAGGCUUCCAAAGCUCGCAUCGCCCAGUAUGGGAAGGAGCUGGAGAAGUUCCAGAACAUGAUUCCCUUCGACCAGAUGACCAUCGAUGAUCUGAACGACACGUUCCCCGAGACCAAGCUGGACAAGGAGAAGCACCCGUACUGGCCCCACAAGCCCAUCGCUGAGCUGUAAACUAAAAGCCCCCAGCGCUUUCCAAAUAUUAUACUUUCCUCUGAUGAAAGGUUGUAUAGUGUCCUGUGUAUAAAGUCUAGUCCUGUUUCAUCUACAAAGACAGUUUGUGAAAUUACUCAACUGUGAGUAAGGUAAUCUGGUCCUUUGAAUGGAAAUAAACAUUUAUGGAAAUUGAA